ACUCGGCGCUGUUCGAUUAGCGGCCGUCGGCAUUGUGUUGUCGGGCUGCCUCCGCGGGGCUCGCGGGCGAGCCUUUCAUCGGCCACGAGGCCCCCGGGUGGUCGCUCCGGACACGGCCCCGGACACGGGCGGGGAUGCCCCGUGCCUUGCACGUGCCGCGCGAGGCGCCCGCACCAAGGCCCGCGGCCCCGCAGUGACGCGCCGAACCCCCCGCCGGCGAGGACGGCGAGGACAACGCCAUGCUCACCGAGACCGUGACGUAGCCGCCACCGACUCGACGUCACCGUCAUGGCCCCGUUGGGGUUGACCAGCGUGUGCGUGUGUCUGCUCCUGCUGUCGGGCCGCGGCCAGCCGCAGCAGACCGAGCUGGGCGGACUGGGCCAGGACUGCGACUCGAGCGCGGACUGCCGCGAGCACGCGCACUGCGGCCCGGCCCGGGUCUGCGUCUGCAGGGAGACGUACGUGCCGGACAGGGACAACGCCACCUGCCUCGCAGGUCUCCGGCAGAAGUGCCGCUACGACGACGGCUGCGUGCCCAACGCAUACUGCCGGCACCAGGAGCGCUGCGAGUGCAAGGAGGGCUUCAUCCCCACCCGGGACCUGCUGCACUGCCAGGGCGCCGCCCCCGCAGGCCCCGCCGCCUCCGCCGCCCUCCUGCUCGGCGCGCUCCUGUGGUCCCACUGACCCGCCGCGGCCUCCGCGACCCGUCCUGCUCGGCGCGCUACCGUAUGGCACCGCGGACCUGCAGCCACCCCCGCCACGCCGCCACCGCCGCCGUCUUCACCCCCGUCUUGUCUGGAAAACUGCAAUGGAAUGUAGUGAAAUUCCACCCUGUUGCAACUCGAAAAAUAACAAUAAAUUUUUGAGCUGCAGCAGUAUGACGUGGACCGCGGUGCUGGCGAGCCUGCUGGCCCUGUGCGCCACCGCCCCGACGGCGCGCUGCUCGACGCCGGACGACUCGAACUACUUUGCCGCCGUGGUGGACUUCGCGGCGCCCAGGGCGACGGGGAAGCCCGCCCUGCAGAACAUGAUGGACAACGUGCGCGCGCUGGGGCCACUGGUGCACCAGGCCGCCCAGGUGAGCGCGGACAUCAUCGUGUUCCCCGAGGACGGCCUGCAGGGCUUCGACAACGAGGUGCUGCCGCUGUCGGUGCCCGCGCCCGGGGAGGGCGGCGCGCCGUGCGACGAUGACGCGGCCGAGGCCGCCGCCGGCCAGCCGCUGCGUGAGCUGUCGUGCCUCGCCCGGACGCACGGCGUGUACCUGGUCGUCAACCUGGUGGACGAGCAGCCGUGCGCCGCCGGUGACGCCAAGUGCCCCGCGCGAGGCUCCUACCACUACAACACGAACGUGGUGUUCGACCGCAGCGGGAAGAUCGUCGCCAAGUACCACAAGUACAACCUCUUCGGCGAGAAGUACGACGAUGUGCCGCCCGCCGUGGAGCUCGUCACGUUCGACACCGACUUCGGCGUCCGGUUCGGGAUGUUCAUCUGCUUCGACAUCUUCUUCGACACCCCGGCGGCGCAGCUCGUGCGCGAGCGCAACGUCACCGACAUCAUCUUCAGCGCGGCCUGGUUCUCCGAGGUGCCGUUCCUGACGGCCGUGCAGAUGCACUCGGGCUGGGCGCACGCCCUCGACGUGACGGUGCUGGCCUCGGGGAUGAACAGCCCAGCCGUGGGCAGCACGGGCAGCGGCAUCUACCGCGGCCGCCACGGCAUCUACGGCUACACGAUGAACUGGCGCCAGGAGCACACCCUGGUCUUCGCCCGGGUGCCCAAGCGCGCCUACUGGCAGGACGGCGUGCGGCCACAGCCCUUCCCCGACCGCCUCGACCCCGUGCGCAACUACGGCGCGGGCGCGGACCCGUACGCGGACGUCAGCGCGCUGCACAUGAAGAAGGACAACCUGACGCUUUACCGGACGGAGCUGCUGCCGCGCCCGGCCAGGGACCAGGUGGUCGAGGCCGCCGGCCACGUCUGCCACGGCGCCUUCUGCUGUCACUACGAUGUGCAAAUGCGUGGCGUCGCUCUGUUCCAGACGGCGAGUGCAGCCGUCAGCCUGCACGGCGGCUACUCGCGGCCGCGCGCCGCGGCGACCGUCGACGAGGAGGACGAAGAGGCCAAGGACGACUUCGACGGCUUCUACUACCGCGUGGUGGCGUUCAGUGGCGUCAAGGGGCACAAAGGCGGGGUGAUCUCCACGGGCACGCAGGUCUGCGGUCUCGUCUCGUGCCUGAGCGAGGACGCCCGCUCCUGCUUUGGCCAGAUCGUCGCCGGGCUCGACUCGCCCUCCAUCAAGUGGACCGAGUUCCAGUCCGUCUAUCUCGAGGCCGAGUUCCCGCGCGAGGACGGCGUGCAGUUCGCGUCCACGCUGGUCGGGCCGCGGUACGACCCGCUGCCCGCCAGUGCGUUCUCUUUGGAGAGACGGCGCGGUGCAGAGGACGGCACGCAGAACCUGAGCCUCGAGCUGACUCAGCGCCAGCCUCUCCUCGAUCUGCGCGCCUUCGCCAUUUACGGCCGCAACUUUGCGUGGGACGGCCAGCCACCAACAGACUCGUAGAAAAAAUAACUUUUAACAAUUAAAAUGAAUAAAUGAGCAACGUUUUUCAA